CGCGUUGAGAUUCUAUACCUUGGUACUUGGGGGACAGUGUGUGAUGAUCACUGGGGUAUAAAUGACGCCCACGUGGUUUGCAGAAUGCUCGGCUACGAACGGGCGGAAAACUUUUCCUGUUGCGCUGCCUUUGGACUAGGAUCGGGACUUAUUGUUCUGGAUGAAGUGGAAUGCGAGGGUACAGAACCAAACAUAGGCCAUUGUCGAAGGAGUGGAUACGAAACCCAUGACUGUGAUCACUCGGAGGAUGUUGGUGUCUCAUGCAUCGAAAAUGAAGUGGAACAGGAAUCCUCUACAACCAUGACACCGAAUGGCAGUAAAAUGGGUCUAUCCCAGCCUGCCACAUUUGGUUUGAUUGGAUUCCUCUCCGUUACAGUUAUUGGUACCCUUUUGGGUUGUAUCGUCAUGACAGUAAUGAUGCGGAAGUACAGGAGAUCAGCAAAUAAAGCUAGUAGUCAGCAGCAAGGGACAGUGGAACACCACUGUUACAACGGUGAGGAAGGUUACUUGGAACUUAACGUUGUCCCUCCCAAGCUACAAGGGGGGUCGUCACGUGAUCAGGAUGAGGCAUACGAAACGCCACGACAUGCCGACGAUGAAGAUUCUUAUGAAGAUGUUAAGAUCUAAGAAGAAGAAGAAAAAAAAUCUAGUAGUUCUACUAUUGCUCUUCUUUUCUCCCUUUACCUCUCCCCUUUCCAUUUCUCUAAUCUUAUCACUCUU